AUGAAAGAAAGUAUACGCGCAGGAUACGAGCUUCAGUCUACACGUUUACGACAUGGGACUGUUCCUUCUAUUUUUUCUUGGCAGAGUAAAUUUCAGGAACAUGUUAAUGUGAAAGAAAAAGAAAAUGAGAGGGAUAAUACAGAAGACUUUACACCAGUCAUAUCUGAAGCGUCAAACAAUAUACAAGAUGAUAGUCUCCAGCAAGGUCAAAAUUCUGAUACAACUGGAUUUUUCACGGAUAAAAAUGUAUCAACGCCUUUAAAUGAAGAAACUCAUAUUUCUGUGGAAGUUUAUAAUUAUGCUGAAAUGGCGCUUUUGACAAGCAAUAUAAAUGUUUAUGAAGAAAGUAUUAGUUGCGAUUACGUGCAAAAUGAAAACUGUUCAACGAACGAUACUGAACAGUGUAAUGAUAAAGAAGCUUGCAGCUUUGCAACAACUGCGACUCAAACAGAUUCAGCUUCUCGUUAUAGUAUUGAGCAGUUUAAAAAUAAUCCAAAAUCAUUUUUACAUUUAACCGGAUUAGAAAACUAUGAUAAAUUCAUGACAGUGUUAUACUCCCUAGGACCAGCAGUGUAUUAUUUAAAGUACGCAAGAGGACAAGCAGUAGGAAAUAUAUCAGUGCCAAAUCAGUUGUUUCUGGUGUUGUGGAAAUUAAGAAGAAAUUGCUGCGAUAUUGAACUGUCAGAGCACUUUUCUAUUCCUAGACUAGCUGUAGGAAACAUCUUUCACACAUGGAUAACUUUUAUGGCAAAGCAAUGGUCUCUAAUUGAUAUAUGGCCUAGUAGACAACUAGUCGACUAUUACAUGCCAGAAAGUUUUAAACAACACUAUCCCUCCACAAGAGUUAUCAUUGAUGGAACUGAAAUUCGAGUUGACAAGCCACAUAAUCCACGUUUACAGCAAUCAUCAUUCAGCACAUACAAAAAUGGUCCUACUGUUAAAACUGUCAUUGGCUCUACUCCGGGUGGUUUAAUUUCAUACCAUUCUCCAGCAUAUGGAGGUUCAACUAGCGAUAGACAGAUUAUUGAACGGAGUGAUUUGAUGAAAAAGUGCGAUUCUGGUGAUUUAAUUCUGGCUGAUCGAGG